CAUCUAUUGUACCAUGGAAAGUUCAAAAUGUGUUUCCUUUAUUCAUCUUCUUCUUCUUCUUCUUCUUCUUCUUCUUCUUUUUCUUCUUCCAUCUUCAUAUUUAUUAAGCUUGCAGAUACCUAACUUCAUCACUAGUCCCAAUUACAUUCUCUAUCAAGGAGAUGCAGUGUCUUCCUCUGGAACCAUGGAGUUAACCAGCAGUGUCGAACCCUUUCGUGUUGGUGGGGUCACAUAUGCAAAUGAAGUCCUGAUGUGGGACUCCAACUCAGGAAAGCUUUCAGACUUUACCUGUCAUUUCUCCUUCAGCAUUGAUGCGCCAAGUCCAUAUAUUACCAACGAUGGAAUUGCAUUCUUCCUUGCUCCUAUUGGAUUUCAAAUCCCACUCAACUCUAUUGGUGGCUAUCUUGGCUUAUUCAACACCACAACAAAAUAUUCCCCCUCGAAUAGGAUCAUCUCGGUGGAAUUUGACACUUACAAUAAUAGUGAAUGGGAUCCUAACCAAACUCAUGUGGGUAUCAAUAUCAAUUCCAUACGCUCUGUCGUUUCUACUCCCUGGAAUGCAAGUUUCCACAUUAAGGAUACUGCUGAUGUAUUGAUUACUUAUAAUUCUACAACCAAGAAUUUGAGCUUUUCAGCUUCUACGGGAGGUGUAGCUGGACAACAUACACUAAAAUCUUGGAAAUUCAAUUCAAGCUUGGAUGAUAAGGAAACCAAUGAGAAUUCAUCAAGAAAGAUCAAAAUAGUUGUUGCUAUUGCAAUACUAGUGAUCGUUCUUCUCAUUGGAACAUUUUUAGCAUAUGUGAUUAUGAGGCAAAGAAAGAAGGUAAAUAAAAGGGCAAAGGCGAUAAAUUUAACAUCUAUCAAUGAUGAUUUUGAGAUGGGCACUGGACCACGAAGGUUUUCGUACCAAGAUCUUGCCUCCGCUACUAAUGAUUUCUCUCAAGAUAGGAAAUUGGGUGAAGGAGGUUUCGGUGCAGUUUAUAAAGGCUAUCUAGCCGAUGUAGACAUGUUGAUUGCUGUGAAGAAAUUUUCUAAAGGAUCAAAACAAGGAAAAAAGGAGUAUACAGCAGAGGUGAAGAUCAUUAGUCAGUUAAGGCAUCGAAAUUUGGUGCAACUUAUUGGUUGGUGUCAUGAAAGAAGUGAGUUCUUGCUUGUUUAUGAGUUCAUGUCAAAUGGUAGUCUUGAUUCUCAUCUCUUUGGCAAAAGGAGUCCUUUUCCUUGGCAUAUAAGGUAUAGAACAACACUUGGACUAGCCUCGGCAAUUCUGUAUCUUCAUGAAGAGUGGGAGCAGUGUGUGUUGCAUAGGGAUAUUAAGUCAUGUAAUAUAAUGUUGGAUUCUAGUUUUAAUGUUAAGCUUGGUGACUUUGGGUUGGUUAAGUUGAUUGAUCAUGAGUUAGGUCGAAUUAUAACAGGGUUGGCAGGUACUUUUGGCUACUUGGCUCCGGAGUACAUAAGUACAAGGAAGGCAAGUAAGGAGUCAGAUGUGUUUAGUUUUGGGGAACUUUAUGGGAAAGGAAGACUUCAUUCCGGUGUUGAUGAGAGAGUGAGGAAGGAUUUUGAUGAGAAACAAGCAGAAUGUUUACUGAUUGUUGGGAUGUGGUGCUCUCACCCUAAUAGCAACUUAAGGCCAUCAAUUAGGCUAGCAAUUCAUGUUCUAAAGUUUGAGGCAACAAUGCCAAAUCUUCCUGCAAAAAUGCCUAUGCCUGUGUAUCGUGUACCCACACCAUUAGUUAACUCUAGAGAACCUUCUAUUUCUUAUUCUAGCAUAGAGGCAGGUCGUUAAGACAUGAUUUAGUUAACUUUUCAUCAAGUAAAAUAUCUAGUUAUAUAACUCUUUUCAAGAGCUUUUGAAGUUGAAUUUGAACGCUUAAUUAGAUACAUUUAUUGCAAUAUUGCUUACUGGUGAAUCUCAUUCCCGACUAGAAGAGACUACAAUUGAUGGUUGUUAAUCCUUGAGAAAGAGCUUGCUUGACAAGAAGUGUAGCAUGGAAAUCAUAAUGAAUAACUUAUAUCCAU